AUGUUCAAGAUCCUGAAGAACUCGGGCGCCAGCCUGCAGGUGCUGAAGAUGGUCAAGAACUUCAAAAGUCACGCGUGCGGCUCCUCCGUGUUGCCGAAGGCGGUUCGAACUGCAGCCGGCAUCGAGAUCCCCGAGGUCUUCGAGGUGAUGGGAAGCGACGGUCUCGAGCGGACCGACCCUGUGGACGACACGAGCUACCUCCUGACGCUGAACAUAGACGAGGGAUCAGGACUUACUCAGGUCACCAACCACGGCGACAAAUCCCAGAGGUCAGGCAACAGGUCGGCCGCAGAUGUUCUCGAGACCUGGAGAUCAUGGACGAACCACUAUCGAGUGCCACGUCUUGUGCGAUGUGAUGCUGAAGGUUGUCAUCGGGCCGAACUUACCAAAAGCUGGUGCAGUUCCCGCGGCAUCGAGAUGUUCAUUGCGUCUGGAGAAGCCCAUUGGCUCAUGGGGAAGGUGGAGCGCAGGAUCCAGCUCUUCAAGCGCACCCUCACAAAGUUCCGGAAGCAGAACCACGACUGCGACAUCGACGAGGCCAUCAGCUACGUCAUCCACGCCAUCAACGACCUCGACAAGGCUCGACCCAGCGAUCGACUGUCAGAAGCGGAUCAGAGUACUCUACGGACCUGGUGCGGCGCUUUAUCUUGGCUGGGCGUGAAUACACUACCAUGGGUUUCCGCGUGGGUCGCAGACGUACAGAGCAAGAUCCCUACCGGCGACUAUAAGCUCCUCGGGAUCGCCAACAACAUCACCAAGAUGGUCAAGGCCAACAAAACCGACGGGUUUCAGAUCUUCCGUCACAGUCUGCCUGGGUGCGGACCAGGGGCUCCUGACUUUCGGAUCGUCACGUGGUGCGACGCUGCCUGGGCCAGCCGACCAGAUGGACAUUCUCAAGGAGGACAUGUUACGGCGCUCAGCACUUCCGAAGGGCCCUUCCACCAAGCCUGCGACUUCACGGUCCUGGACUUGGGUUCUCGUAAGCUGAAGAGGGUGGCCCGCUCAAGCUUAUCGGCAGAGAUCCAGGAGGCUAGCGACGCCGAGGGCGAGCAAAUGAUGGUACGACUGGUACUGUACGAGGUGCUCUACGGGAGGUUUGAUCUUCACGACCGCCACGGAGCUCUCCAUCGUGUACCGGGUGCCCUCGUGACGGACUGCAAGGCGUUCUACGACGGCGUGGUGAAGUCCAAGUCGGCCGGGUUAGGCCUCGACGAGAGGCGGACGGCCAUAGAGGCGCUCGCCUUGCGCCGCGCCCUCGAGGAGGGCGGCACCCUCGUACGCUGGGUGGUGCACAGCCAUGCCCAGCUGGCCGACGGCAUGACCAAGGCCAGCCUCCAGGCGUUUCACGUGCUCCACGCCUCCCUGAAGAACCAGAGGUGGAAGAUUGUCCAUGACGAGAGGUUCCUCUCGGCGCGGAAGAGGUCUGCGCUCGGGAAGGGGAUCUUCGACGAGACAACCUAA